CGUCUCUUCACAGUAUUAGUCUGCAAUGCCAAAGCUCAAGCCGGCAAAGGCCGCCGUCAAGGCCGAGAAGGUCAUCCACCCAGAGUCGCGCGAGGCCAAGCGCAUGGCACGGAGCGUCCUGCGGCUCAACCGCGUCACAAUGUCCAAGGACGACCACGCACACAGACAGGUCGAUCCGCUGGUGCAGCGCGUCAGCUGGUUCCAGCAGCACGUCAGCACAGAGACGACCCAGGUCCUCGAGGUCGAGAUGCACGUCCUCAUCCAGGCCUACCUGCGCAGGAACGACCAACAGCUCGAUGAAAUCAGGCAGGAGCAUGCCUCGCGCAAGUCACGCACAAAGGCCGCGCGCGAAGACGCACUCGACGCCCGGAUUGCCUCCGAGACUGCAGAGUACAACUCGGGCUUCCAGGCGCCAGACCUCACCGUCCACAAGACGCUCGAGCUCGUCAAGAACUUUUCAGGAAACAAAGCCGUGCUGCCGGCACUGCGGAUGCGCAGCUUUAAAAAGUCGUCCGCCGUCGCAGUCCAGGCGGAAGCCAUGCUCCAAGACAUUAUGGCUCACCACGAGCAAGAGCGCCUCGCUGAAGAGCAGCAGCUGGCCGAGCAGCAGCAGCAGCAGCAGCAGCAGCCCCAAGAGCUCCAACAACAACUCCAAUAUACAGGCAGUGAUGCGCCCAUGUUUGACGCCUCAGCGGUAAACUUGGGCAUUCCGCCAUCCGACGAGAGUGCGUGCUGAUCGUUAAGAGUUUGUUGUCUUUGUUGUAGGACAGCUUAAUAGCGUUUGUGUGUCAUCUGUAAUUGUUAUUGAAUAACUUUGGAAAUGCGCGAAAAUG